CUAUAAAUCCAUGCACGUUUAUUAAGGAAUUGGAUUUUUUACAUAACAAUAUAGAGAAGAAGCCACACAAUCUCUUCUUCGUCUCUCUCUCUCCCCGUUAUCUCUGUCUUUAAUUAGCCCUCCUUCUUCUUCUUCUUCUUCUUCUUCUUCUUCUUCUUCUUCUUCUUCUUCUUCUUCUUCUUCUUCUUCUUCUUCUGCCUAAUCCUUCCAUAGUCACCAAAGAAUAGGAAGGGAAAAGGAAAAGGAUCUCUUGUCUAAUUUCUCGUAGGGUUAAUAUAGAGCUAAUGGGUAUGAGCAAAGUUUGAUUCUUUCUGCUAUGGUUUGGAGCUUCUGGGUUUCAAAAAGUUUUGCCUUUUGAUUUUGUUUAUUGUUGUUUCUUUUUUCUACUUCUUUUACAGAUGGGUUCUUAUAAAUCUUGAUGAAACCCCGUCCGGAGCAAAAAAAAAAAAAAAGAGUUUUAAUUUCUGCUUCUCUUUCUGGUGUUUCUAAAGAUAAACAUGGCUAGGGAUUUCUAUGCUUCUGGAGAGAUUUUGUCCUCCAAUCACCCAGCAACAAGCAAUACGCAUCAUCAUGAGUUCUUUAAUCAGAUCCAUGGAUUUGAUGAUGACACAAACCCAUCCAAUCAUCAUCAUCAGCAUCAGAUCUUCAGCUUGAACCCAAACGCGGGCUUGAUACACUUUUCCAAGCAACAACACCAUAAUCAUCAUCAUCAUCAUCAUCAUCAUCAGAUAAGCAUGACAAGUGGGCUUGAGGAGACAAGUGGAGGUGAGAAUCUGCUCAUGGAAGAUUCUUCAUCAUCCAUGAGAUGCAGUAACGUUAAUUUUCCGUGUGAUAUAGUGAGUGAAGAGAGACCACCGACGAUCACAGCCACAAGACCACAAAGCCAAUGCCUUUCUCUUUCUCUCUCUCCAUCCAACCCUUCAAGCAUCAGCCUCCAACACUUUGAACUCAGACCACAUGCCCAACACGACCAUGUCACAGUUGUCGGUUCUUCACGACAAGGGUAUUUUGGGAAACCCCACCACAAUCUCCAAAUGAUGAUGAUGAUGAUGAUGAUGAACAACAGCCCUAAUCAACAUCAUCACCAGAAUGAGUUCCAGAUAUUGAGAUCAAAGUAUCUGGCUCCUGUUCAGGAGCUUCUUAAUGAGAUUUGCAGCCUCGGAACAAAGCAAAGUGAUCAUGAAGAGAUGACGAUGAAGAAUCAAAAGGGGGAAGAACAAGAGUGGGGAGGUAAUAAUGAUGACAAAGAUAAUCAUCGUCAUGAUGAUGAUCUGUCAGCAAGAAAACAUGUUCCACCACUUCACUCUCUCGAGUUCAUGGAACUGCACAAGAGGAAAGCCAAGUUACUCUCCAUGCUUGACGAGAUUAAUCGGAGACACCACCACUAUCGCGACCAGAUGAGAGCGGUUGCGACUGCGUUUGAGACCGCUGCUGGAGUAGGAGCGGCUGAAACGUACACUGCGUCAGCGGCGAAGGCCAUGUCGAGGCAUUUUCGGUGCCUGAGGGAUGGCGUCGCCCGGCAGAUUCACGCGACGAAGAAGGCGAUGGGGGAGAGAGAAGAUCCGGUGGCUCCCGGGAUGACACGUGGCGAUACCCCGCGUUUGCGCUUGCUAGACCAGGCGUUUCGGCAGCAGAAAGUGUACAGCCAAAUGAGUCUAGUGGACGCUCAUCCUUGGCGGCCGCAGCGCGGUUUGCCUGAACGCGCGGUUUCAAUCCUGAGGGCUUGGCUUUUCGAACACUUCCUUCACCCAUAUCCGAGCGAUGUGGAUAAGCACAUCUUAGCCCGUCAAACCGGCCUCUCAAGAAGUCAGGUAUCAAAUUGGUUCAUCAAUGCGAGGGUUAGGCUGUGGAAACCAAUGAUAGAAGAAAUGUAUUCAGAAGAAACAAGAGGAGAACAAAAAGACGAGGCCAACAUCAGCAACCAAGAAAACGACAUGUUAACCGGUCCAAUACAUGAGCCGAACCGGAUGAACCGGGUCGACCCGGAAUCUCUCUCCUCCAUAAUCACAAACCCUAGCUCCAUAACCGCUCGUAAACCCUCACAGACCCACCAGCAUGCAACCACGUCGUCGUUCGGGUCAGCGUUUGACUUUCAAUUGUACGGUCACCAGGCGGUGACGUAUGACGGUGACAGCUCCAAUCAGGUUUCGGGUAAAGUAGGGCAGCUCCAAUAUUCGAGUUCGCUGUUGGAUGGUGAUCAUCAAGCACUGAUUUUGCCUCAUAGGAAUUUGAUGGGGGCUCAAUUGGUUCAUGACAUUGUUUAAUUAGUUGGGUCGAAUUUUAAGUUUUUUUUUAGAAAAAUUUAUCAGACAAAACCGAAUCGGUUAUCGACUGGUUCGACUAAAUAACCGAAAUUGUUUUGAAAGUGGAGAAUUAGAUUGCUAAGUUAUAUACGGAACGGGGGAGGGGGGCAAAAAAUACAGAGAUUUGAAGAGUACAACUUUUUUUUCCCCUUUCGAAGUGGAAGGUUAAUCAGUUUA